CAGAGGAUGGAGUUGCUAAGCCAAGUUUUGCUAUCCUGCGUGUUUUACUUCAUUUUGACAUGGUACGUGAAACACAAGAACCAACGACAACUCGUAUUGCACUGGCCUUUGAUUGGAGUACUCCCGCAGUUGGUACUCAACAUGCACAACAUCAAUGUUUGGCUGGCUGACGUUUUCGUCUCCCUUCGGACUCGCACCAUUCAUCUGAAAGGUCCAGUAUUCUCCAAGCUUGAAUAUCUGGUAACAUGCGAUCCCGAGAACCUCAGGUACGUGCUCAAGACCAACUUCACCAACUUCCCUAAAGGCCCCGAGUUCAACGAGAAAUUCGAUGUUCUUGGAGAUGGAAUAUUUAACGCUGAUUUUGAUUCAUGGUCCACACAGAGAGAGAUGGCACAUUCCUGUUUCAGGUCGGCCGAGUUUCGGGCUUUCCUCGCCGACAUCACCAGGAAGAUAGUUCAGGACAAGCUCAUUCCUCUGUUAAUUCUUAUGGCAAGCAAAGGGUCUUCCUUUGAUCUGCAAGAUGUGUUGUCUAGAUUCACAUUUGAGACCACCAUUGCUGCGACAUACGGAAGAGAUUCGGGCUAUCUGUCUCCCGAAUUUCCUACGAACGAAUUCGUGGAAGCAGUUGACAACGCAGAGGAGGCCAUACUUUAUAGGUUUGCGGUGCCUGCGUUUGUAUGGAAGCUGAUGCGCUGGUUAAAGGUUGGCAGGGAGAAGAAAUAUGCGGAGGCAUGGGCAACUGCAGAUGCCUUCUUGGGUGAGUUCAUUUCCCAGACAAGAGAAGAAUUGCUUCAAGGAGUGGAAACAAAUACAAUAUUGGCCAUCUACAUCAAGUCUCCGAAACAAAUCAGUGACAAAUUCCUCAGAGAUAGCAUGUUGACCUUCAAUCUCGCUGGACGAGAUACAACCACUGUAGGCCUUAGUUGGUUCUUUUGGUUGGUUUGUAAGAACCCACAUGUAGAAGCAAAGAUCUUGGAAGAAUUAGGGGUUGUAUUCUCAGCGAAGAUGAAUAAAGCAGCUGCUGCUGGUGAUGAAGGGAAUAUUCAGACAAGGGUGUGGCCAUGGGUGUUUGAUGAAGGUGAUGUGAAAGGGUUGGUGUACCUGCAUGCGGCUUUUUGUGAAUCCUUGAGGUUGUAUCCUCCGGUUCCAUUGAAUAGUAAAGGAGUUCUCAAGGAAGAUACCCUCCCCGAUGGCAGCGUCGUCAGGCCUGGGAUGCAGAUAAUACUCUCCCAUUACGCCGUUGGGAGGAUGCCAUGGAUAUGGGGAGACAACUGUUUGGAAUUCAAGCCCGAGAGAUGGAUUCGUGAUGAUGGAACGCUAGAUCUUCAACUCAUGUCCAAUUUAUUCGCAUUCAGCAAUGGACCGAGAACUUGCGUAGGUAAGCAAAUGGCUUUUACCCAGAUGAAGUUGGCUGCUGCCACUCUGCUCUUCAAUUUUCAUAUUGAACUAGUUGAGGGUCAAUCGGUCUCCAUAAAACCAAGCUUAGUUUCUCUCAUGAACCCUGGGUUAAUGGUCAGAGUAAAGGAAAGAGGCCGCGGGGUUCGGUAAAUUUGUACUCUUUAUUAACUUACUAGUACUCUAAUCGAGUAUAGUGAAAUAGGUGCACCACUACAAAUCCUACCUUGAAAAUAUAUAUAUAUAUAUGUUAUUGUUAUGUACGACUUAAUAUUAUGGUCAAUAUCUAUAUUUCUAUAUUGUUAUUACAAAGCGGUUUUUUGUA